AUGCCAGGCCCCACGAAAGUCACCUUCACCUCCUUUAUGCUGCAAAUUAGCGGCGAGCUCCACCCACCGGCUGCUGUGGUGAUCAGCCAUCCUAUGACAGGCGUCAAAGAACAAACAGCCACAACCCAUGCCCGACUGCUCUCGAAGGCCGGGUUCUACGCCCUCACCCUCGACGCAGGGUACCAAGGCGAAAGCACAGGACAGCCCCGGGGGCUGGAAGACCCUCAUAAGCGAGUCGAAGACAACAAGGCAGCUGGCGGCUAUACUUCGAUUGCCGCGCAGUCAGAUAGCCGCAUCAAGGCACUCGCGACCGUGAGUACCGCCUGCGUUGGCCGGAUGACUCGCAAUGGUGGCCUUUCCAAGGAGAACAAGAAAGAAGUUCCCGACGCCAUUGCCGGGGCACUUGACGCGGCCGGCCAAUGGCGGACAAGCCUCGCGAGAGACCCCAAAAUCAAAGUACCGCCGAUGUUUGGGACCGAUAUCUCACAAAUCCCAGAGGAUGUCGACUCCUUCUUCAAAGAUGCUGCCUUAUACUAUGGGUCCGAGCGUGGAAACCACCCUCGUUCAGAUCAGAAGGUCCCCCCAUCCAGCUUCGAUCUCGUGGUCAGCUACGACUCGUUCAACUUCCAACACCUGAUAUCUCCAAGGCCUCUGUUGAUGAUUGCUGGAUCGAAGGCACAGACUCUUCACUACAGCGAGGGAGCAGCCCGGGAACCUAGGGAAUUGUUGGUCAUCGAUGGAAAAAGCCACUUUGAUCUCUAUGACGACUUGGAAGUGUCGGGCCCGAGACUUGUGGAUUUUUUAAGCAAGAAUCUGUAA